CCUCACGCACCUUCUCGAUCCCUCUCGCCUCUCGCCCCCAUCCCGCCGACGGCCGGACGCCGCGAGGAGCUCGACCCCUCCACCACUGCUCCCCCCCUUCUCUCCUACUCACCGCGGGCGACCAAAUUAAGGCGGGGAUUAGGGUUUACGCCACCGCCCCCUCCCUUCCCCUGUCUCCCUCUCCGGCGACCCCAGCCACCUCGGAGCCCCCCGCUCGUCGAUCUGCAUCGCCGCCCCAGACCCUCGCCGCGGAGCCCAGAUCGCCGCCCAAGCUCGCCAUGACGCUCGGUCCAGCCGCCGCCACCCCUAUCAACUAAAAGAUGGAGGCCAAUCUGAAGAACCAGGCGACCGUGGCGAUGCUUCGCAUUGUCUCCCUCGCAAGCUCCCCUGUCGACCUCAUCAAGGAUGCUCUCCGCAACGUCCUAUAUAUGGACUCCGUCAUUGCGUUUCAGGAGCUGCCGCACGAUGCCCUGGACCUACUUGCCUCAACCCACUCCUUGACCUUGGCGUACCGCGAGGUAUCUGAGCUGGUGAUGUCCGUGGAGGCAGCCAUCAUCAUCGUCGACCGCUGGCUCGAGCCCAGGGCGUCCGGGCUGCAGGGGCUGCCGGCGGCUUCGUGGAGAGUCCGGGCGGAUGAGCUCGUCGGGGCUGUGGCCCAUGCUAGCUGUAUGCUAGUGUCAGCUGGCACGUAUUGCUACCGUGCCUCGGCUGUCCUGAAAGUGUCCAGCGAGCGUUGGCGCACCUUCCCUACCGACCUCCGAAAGACCUGGAUGAAGGAUGCGAGGUCGUCGCUCACCUCUGUACGUGAUCGCCUGAUUGACGCCCUUUGCGCCCUCUCCCAGAUGUCUGCUGCUGCCACCGAAGCCCGGGAUGCCGCCAAUAUACUCAUUGAUUUUCUGUAGUGUUGACUAUUUUACUGCCAAAAGGAUUUUAGCUCCAUGUCUUGGCACAGUUAUCUUUAUUCGUGGUAGUUAAGACUAAAUAUAAAUCUCCACCCAUAUCUUUGAUACAUAUUAGUUCUAGUGCCACCUCAAUGUUGCAGAUGACAUAUUAGAUUCUUAUCAGUUUAGUUUUCUCAUAUCUUUGGGCUUUAAUAAUGGGUGUUGCCAUCUGUUUGACUUUCCAAGUAGACAGAAGAAUUGAUAAUCAUUUGCAAUUCUUCCACAAAGACAUUAACAGAAGAAGGAUUCAUUGUUUAAAAAUUUCUUCUGCUCCAAAUGUUACUUCAAUAACUAUAUCUUCUUUAAUAGUUUUCUAUUUCCUUCUGAUUUUGCUAUAAACAUACUAAAGUAUUGGUCAUCCUUCAUUCUGAGGUUGCUGAAGAUAGCCAUCUUCUUUGUUUAGAACUCAGUGUUCAGACCUCAUUAGCGCCUGUUGGUAUUUGAUAAUCCAG